AUGGGACCUAAUGAUGUUGAAGUUGCAAAGAUUUUCAAAAUGUUCGCGAAUGAGGACCAGAAGAUUCUCCAGCGCGACAUUAAGACCACUCUGAAGUGUCUUGGCUACGUCCUAAAGGAGAGCCACAACGUUCCUAAUAGAAAUGUGAGUCUUGAGGAAUUCAAGCAAAUUGUAAACGAUUUGAAGACAAGCAAGGAGAUUUACAGCAAGGAGAACAUCGACGAGGCGUUUAGGUCGCUGGAUCCGAACAACAGCGGAUACAUCAAAGCAAAGGAUCUGAGAAUGAUUUUGCUUGAGGGAGUUGAAGGAAUGACUAACGAGGAAAUCAACGACUUUUUCGUGAUAUUUCCACCAAAUGCCAGGGGAGAAGUCUCGUACAAGGUACUGAUUGAGAAGCUGUACACGAAUGAGGAUAAUGAGUAG